UGGAAACAUCGUCAUAAAUGAAACAGAGAAUUUUUGUAUGCUACUUGAAGAUUAACUUGUUGAUUCUAUUCUUGACAGGAAAUUCCUGUGGCAACAUCAUCAUCAGUUUUCUUCUUCCUCUGUUUUGAGAAGGUGUUCAAAAAAAGAGAGGUAAAUUUGUAUUGGAGUUAGAUUUUGAUGAUUUUUGUUCCCAUAUUAAUUCAACAACUUCACUUGUUCAAUUGGCAUAAGAGAUUUGAUGAUGGGGCUAGAUUUUUAGAUUCAAUGUGCAUUAGAUCUAUGUUUGAACAAGAAUAGCAUGAACAAGCAACACAAUUUUAUUCCUAGAGUUGUGUUUGGUGCAUCUUUCAGGUUUAUUUCUUUCAAGAUUUGAGAAGCACUUCAGCAGGGAAAUUAUGGAAGCAAAUGGUUCUUCUGAAAACAUAAAUGAACACCAUGGUUUAGUGAAACAGGUGAGAGAGAUGCUAGACAAAGUGGAACUUCCUGAGAAUUCUAUAGUCCAUGAGCAAUGCAUUUACAGAGUGCCUCACAAAAUUCGCCAGCCUAAUCAGCAAGCCUAUAGUCCAAGAGUUGUUUCCAUUGGUCCCAUUCACACCCCGUUUAGACCUGGUGGUGACAUUAGGCUUGAACCAAUGGAAAACCUCAAACUGCAGUAUCUCAAGAGCUUCUUCACUAGGUCUCAGCUAAGUGUGGAGGAGUGUGUUUGUAAACUUAAAGAGUGGGAAAGGAUUAUCAGACUCUGCUAUGCAGAGCCAAUUCAACACAGUAGUGAUGAUUUCCUAAGGAUGGUUCUAAUUGAUGCUUUCUUCAUAAUUGAGCAUUUCCUUAGAUAUUAUAACUAUGAUAGAUGGGUAGAAAUUGACCCUUUGUUGUUACAGCCAUGGUUGGCCAACGAUGUUGUAUUUGACUUGAUACUACUUGAAAAUCAGCUUCCCUUCUUUGUUGUAGAGGGCCUCUACAACCUAGCAAUUCCUCAUCACGAGACUCUUGACUUGCCUUCUUUUGUCAAUGUUGCUUUCAACUAUUUUAAACCUCAUAACCAACAAAACAUAAGGCCUGAAAAUGUACUUGGUGUGGUGCACUUCACUGAUCUCCUCAGGACUUUUAUGCUACCAUCUUCAUUUGAUCGUAGGAUUCGAGAAAGAAGAGUUGAUAUAGUUGAUCAUCUAUAUAGUGCAACCCGGUUAAGGGAGGCUGGUUUGGUUUUUGAGGUUAGUCCAAGUACGUGCUUACUUGACCUGAAAUUUCAUAAGGGUGUGUUGACAAUGCCAUGCAUUAAGGUGAAUAGCUCAACUGAGAUAUUUAUCAGGAACAUAAUUGCCUUUGAACAAUGCCACCUUCUGUGUUCACCUAACAUCACCGAGUACAUUAUGAUUCUAGAUUUUCUUAUCAACACAGGGAAAGAUGUGAACAUACUCGUUGAAAAGAAAAUCAUUGUUAAUUUGUUGGGUGAUGAUGAUGCAGUGGCUACAAUGAUUAACAAUCUCUGCUGCAAUGUUACCCUGCCAUACAUUAAAUCAGAUUAUCGCUGCUUGUGUGAUCAAUUGAAUGGUUUCUAUGAAAACCCUCGGAACAAGUACAAGGCAAUCUUUAUACAUGACUACUUCAGUACACCUUGGAAGAUAGCAUCUACCAUUGCUGCAAUUGUGCUACUUUUGCUAACCUUCAUUCAGACUGUAUGUUCAAUCGUGGCACUCUUAAAAAAAGGGUGAAUAUUUUUCUGUGUAAUAUCAGUAGUUAAUCGCUAUUUUGUUUGAUCAAUUCUGAGGAUUGAUGAGGAUUGUCGGUUGAGCCUCACCUUAAAUUGUUUAUUUUAAGAGAUAUAUACUUUAGUAAUACAAGUGUGCAUUGGUUUGAAUCCAUUUUGGAUAAAUUUAUUAUUCAACUUCCUUAUCAUUUGCCUACUGUUUGAAAACUGUUUCGGUAUCAAAUUUCAUUGAUCCAUGGUAAAAUGUGUUUAGGAAGGUAGAAGCAAAAGCAUUUUAGUUGUUUCAUAUAUUCUUGAGUGUUCAUUUUACCUAUUAUGUGAACAACAUUUUGGAAAUUCGUUCUCUCUCUGUCUCUCUUGUCAUUUUAAGCAACAAAAACCCUUUAUUAAGACGUUCACAUUGAAUAAACAACAAAAAGAUAGAUGAUUUUCCAUUUUUAGUCACAAGCACUUUGGUCUUUUGUUUUCUAAACUCUAUGGA